GAUAUUUUAUUGUUUACUAUUGAAGAACAUUUUUUUAUUCAAUACCUAGCUAUAAAUUAUAUUAGUGAGACGUAAUAAAGUUUAUUAAAGUAUUACAAUAAUGAUAUAAACAUGCCAAAGUCUCAAGAAGAAAUUGUUCGUUUAUUUUUUAACUAUUUAUCAAAAUCUAAUUAUGAUGAAGCAAAAGAGUUUAUGGAGAGACAGCGUUUAGUAUUUUUAAACAAUGCUUGGCCCAAGGCAAUGUUUGAUAUUCUAUGUGAUUUUGCUUUGGCUGAAAAGAAUUAUUAUGAUACCAAUUUUGAGCCAUCAAAAAAUAAAAUGCUUGAGCGAAAAGAAGAUGAGAACUACCUGGACUUUGUGUACAAGACUUUGUAUCAAGACCUUGAAAAACUUCAGACUGAGGUUGAUGAUAACUAUGUUAUAAAACUUAUGACUACACUUCUACAGUUUAUAUCCGUUAGACUCCAACUUCUUGAACUAUAUGAUAAGUUAUAUGAAAUUGGAUCAUUAAAUAGUUGGAUAAAUUUUAGUGAGCUAUCUGAAACUGUUGAAAAUAUUCAGAAUGAUCUUAGUAAUUUUUCACCUGUUGAUCAAGUAUUAAGAAUUGUACGUUAUGAACUGGAUUGUAUUCAACAUUUAUUCAAGUGUCAUGAGCAUUUAGGGGAAUGGUCAUAUUUUGAUUCGUUGAUUAGCUUAAAGGAAAGUAGCGAUGCAUUUAUCUUGUGGGAAAAAUGUUAUCAAAACAAAGAGGCCUGGAGAUUUGGCUCGUUGUUUAUGAGCAAAAGCACUUUACCUCCAUUGCUUUUAUGGUUCAAAAGAUUCAAACACAUGACGAUUUCUAAAUUUAUGUUAUAUUUUUACGGUAUACUUGUUCGACAAUCAUCAUUGCGUGAAGUUAAGAAUACAAGUGAAACCAAAAAUUUACAUUUUUUUACAAAGAUGCAACAAUUAAAGCAGAAGGCAGAAGCUUUAUCUGCAAUGUUAGUGUUUGAAUCACCUGAUUAUGUUACUGAUGAUGACUCUUCUAAUGAAAGUCAAUCUAUUAUUAAAAUGGAUCCAUAUAUUAAGUAUAAAAUUAUAAUAAGUUAUCCAAAGGUUCCAGUUAAAUUUGAUGUGGUAGAAAAGAUGAAAAUUAAUGAAGAAGAACACUCAGUAAAUAAAAUUGAAAUGAUUACAGAUGAAAAUGUUACUUACAUGAUAAUGAGAGUGGAUUUGAAAAUACUUUUUAUUAUGUGUUUUAACGGUAAGCCUAAAAACGAAGAAAGGGAGAAAGCAAGCACAUUAGAAUUUGUUUCAAUGCUUCGAUGUCAUAAAUAUUUCACUUCUGUUAAUAGAUAGAUACAAAUCUUUACAAAGAUUAUUUUUACUUUUAUUUUCUUAUUACUUUAUAAUUUAUUAAUAUUUAAGGUUUGAUGUUUAUUUAUUAACUACUAAAGCAUUUGAAUACAGAUUUUAUUUUGCCA